CCCCCCAUCCGGGUCCUGGUUGCCGCGGCAGGUUGCCAUGGAGCCCGAAACCCGGAAGUGGCGAGGAAAGGCCGCCGGAGUCGGAGAAAGGACCGCUGCCGCCUGGGGUGAAAUGGUGGUUUCGCUGGCCCGGCCGGCGCUUACCCGCUAUGUCUCAGAGCCCCGACGAGGCCGCCGCGGAGCGGGAGCUGGCAGAGGACAGUCUUUCUGCAAUGACGUUUGAAUCUGACACAGAAACGAAACUGAAGAAGAAAACAUCUCGCAAGCCUCCAAAAUCACCAAAGUCUCCAUACACCUCUAGCACAUGUUUCCAUUCUAAAAAGGCUGGAUUUCUGAGAACCUUGAAGGGCACAGACAGUAAGCACUUUGAAAUCCCCUUGGUUAAAGCACCAAGGCAGCUGUGGCACGGAUCGUUCAAGCAAGGUGCUUGGAUGAACCAGACGAAGUCGGACCCUGACGUGGGUCCUGUGCUGACCACUCUUCCUGGCAGCACACCAGAGUAUCUGAAGGAAGCUUUGGGCAUGAAGAAGCCAAAACACGCUCGCUCUGCCGGCAGUGGCUACAUCCCUGGAACUCCAGACUACAAAGAAAAAGAAGAUAUGUAUGAUGAGAUAAUUGAAUUAAAGAAGACAAUACAAGCCCAGAAAAGUGAAGCAGAUCGGAUGAAAACCAAACUUCGGCGACUCGAAGAGGAAAAUAACCGAAAGGACAAACAGAUUGAACAGCUGCUGGAUCCCUCCAGGUGGUCUGAAUUUGGCUGGAUGCGGACAGAGCAGAAAAAUGAUACCAGCUCGAUGCUUAACGGAUUGAAGCAGAAGAUCCUCAAACUGGAGCAGCAGUGCAAGGAGAAAGACAACACUAUUAACAAACUCCAGACAGAUGUGAAAAGCACUAAUGUGGAAGAAAUGAAAAUUGCCCUGCAAACCUAUUACGAGGAGAUCCAGCGACUCCAAACCCUACUGGCAAAAUCGAAGACCGUGCAACGAAAGUCCCCUCCGGAGAGCAAACAGCAGAAGGUCCUCAACGCUGCCAUCCUGCAGUUAUCUAGGAGCAUCAAAGAGCUGCAGGAUGAGAACCGGAAGCUGAAAGCAGACCUAGAGCACGCAAUGAGCAGCUCCCCUGCCUCCGGCAGAGCAAAGAAUUACACUGAGUGGAGCAGACAGAGGCUGGUUCGGCGGAUUUCAAGGCUGGAGAAAAAAAUGGAUGAGAUGCAGAAUGGCAGGCUUUCAGAAACUAGCACUUCAUCGUUGCUCACCCAAUUGGGUCAGUCAGCUGCUGAGGAAGGUGACCCUCCAGAAGAACGUGAGCGUCUUCGCAGACUAGUGAACAAGCUGAAAGGCCAAAAGGACGUCCUUCAGAACCAACUGGCUGCUAAAGAGGAAGAAAUCCAGAAGCUGACAGAGAAGGUGGGAGAACUGGAGGGAAGCCAAGAAGCAAACUGUAGGCUGGCUGGAAUUGAUGCCACAGAACCUCCCAACCAGGGCCUGCAGAACUGUCAGCCCAGCUGGCGACCGUUGAAUCCAGCAUGCAUGCUAAAGUUCAGAGGUUCAGAUUUGGAGUGCCCACCUCCUUGCUCUCCUGAGCAUCACAGAAAGGAACAAGCUGCUCGGGUCAUCCAGAGACAAUGGAAGGCCUACCACACCAAGAUUGACAGGGCUGCACUGGAUGAGGCGGUUGUUGUGCUCCAGGCAGCUUUCAGGGGACACUUGGCUCGGCAGAAACUAUUAUCAAUUAACGCACAAGGUCGAAACUCUCCCAGCGUACCUCGAACAGGACACAAGGCAGCUAUCAGGAAUUCACUUUCGUCUCGUGGGUCCAGCUCUUCACAAACAGCUGCUGAUUACAAAGCAGAAGAAGAUGCUGUGAGGCUUGUGCAGUCCGUUUUCAGGGCUCACACGGCACGCACCCACCUUGAGGAAAGGCCUCUGAUCCCUGGUCCUGGAGAUGAGAGAGCGAGCCACGCAGGCCCUGACAGUGGAGAGAAGAAGCCAGUCUGGUCUCCAUUCAAAUAUUCGCCUCUAGCCUUCACCUCAGCUGUUCAUGCCACAUCCUCCCGUGAUCAGCUGCAGCCCUCUCCCUCGCCACCUGCAGAUGAAGUUCAGUCGGAUGACUCGGAUGACAUCAUCACAGUGUCUCCAUCACCAGUGAAGAAAACAUCAUCUCAUGAUUUCACCAGCCAUUUGUCACAUUCUCUGCUGCACUCCUAGCGUGACAGUGAAGGACAUUUUAGUCUUG